AUGAAGACGUUUAUUACAGCCGUAUUUGUGGCUUUAUCCGUUGCUUUUGCCUCAGUGGAGAUCUCCGCUGAAGAAGUUUCAACUUACGGCUAUCAUAAAAACAUUGGUAUCCCAGAAGCGGCUAGAAUCAGACAGUUAGAAGAACAGACUAUUAAAAAUGAAAAUAUCAAUGGAAGGAUCGUUGGCGGCAGCAUUACAGAUAUCUCGCAAAUCCCUUACCAGGCUGGUCUUGUUAUUACGAUCCUCUUUGUAUUGACAUCUGUUUGCGGCGGCUCCCUCAUUUCCAACACCCGUGUAGUGACUGCAGCUCACUGUUAUUCCGACGGCAGCUUCACAGCUCAAUCCUUUACCGUUGUCCUCGGUUCGAAUUUCAUUUUUAGUGGAGGUGUGCGCGUAACAACAAGGAACAUUGCCGUCCACCCCAACUGGAACCCCAGAACAGCCGCUAACGAUAUCGCCGUUCUUCGUAUCAGCUCUGUUGCAUACACCAAUGUUAUCCAGCCCAUCGCUCUACCCAGUGGUAAUGAGCUCUCUAACAACUUCGUUGGACAAACUGCACUAGCAUCUGGAUACGGUCGUACAUCUGAUGGCGCCGGUAUUAGCAAUAACCAACGUUUGAGCUCUGUUAACCUCCCCAUCGUGGCCGACUCUGAAUGUGCCAACAUCUAUGGCAGUUGGUAUCACAGCACCAAUAUCUGUACCAGCGGCGCUGGUGGCAAAAGCACGUGUCAAGGUGACUCCGGUGGUCCCCUUGCUGUUACGAGCGGCGGUAGAAGAAUUUUGGUCGGAGCAACAUCCUUCGGACACAGAGACGGUUGCGCUGUCGGCUUCCCCGCUGCAUACGCCCGAAUCACUUCAUAUGCCUCUUGGAUACUUGCGCAG